AGUACUAGUGGAGAUCUCGCGCGUGCAGGACUCCGAGGUCGGUGAUGGCACGACGUCCGUCACCGUGCUCGCAUGCGAGCUCCUCAAGGAAGCCGAGAUGCUCGUUUCGAGCAAGAUCCAUCCGCAGACAAUCAUCGCCGGCUGGAGGCUUGCCGCCACCGAAGCCCUGCGCGCACUCGAGGCCGCCGCCAUCGACAACGGCGGCAACCCGGAGAAGUUCAAGCACGACCUGCUGAACAUCGCGCGAACAACGCUCAGCUCGAAGAUCGUCACGCAGCACAAGGAGCACUUUGCGCAUCUGGCCGUCGACGCCGUGCUGAGGCUGAAGGGUUCGGGCAACCUGGACGCGAUCCAGCUGAUCAAGAAGCUCGGCGGCAGCAUGACGGACUCGUACCUUGAUGAGGGCUUCCUCCUCGACAAGAAGAUGGGCAUCAACCAGCCGAGGCGCAUGCAGAAUUGCAAGAUCCUGCUCACGAACACGGCCAUGGACACGGACAAGAUCAAAGUGUUUGGCUCUCGCGUUCGCGUCGACGCCGUGUCAAAGGUCGCGGAACUCGAGGUCGCGGAGAAGCAGAAGAUGAAGGAAAAGGUUGCACUCAUUCUCAGCCACGGCUGCAACGUGUUCAUCAACAGGCAGCUGAUCUACAACUACCCAGAGCAGCUGUUUGCAGACAGCGGCGUCAUGGCGAUCGAACACGCAGACUUUGAGGGCAUCGAGAGGCUGGCACUGGUCACAGGCGGCGAGAUUGUGUCUACGUUUGGAAACCCGGAGAAGGUGAAGUUGGGCAAGUGUGAUUUGAUUGAGGAGGUCAUCAUCGGUGAGGACAGGCUGCUGAAGUUUUCAGGUGUGCCGCUGGGCGAGGCGUGCACGAUCGUGCUGCGUGGCGCCACCGCACAGAUCCUGGAUGAGGCGGAGCGCUCGCUGCACGACGCCCUCUGCGUGCUCACGCAGACAGUCAAGGAGACGAGGACCGUGUACGGCGGAGGUAGCGCAGAGAUGCUGAUGGCCAAUGCUGCGAGAGACCUCGCCAGCAGAACCCCCGGCAAAGAAGCCAUGGCUAUUGAAUCGUACGCCAAGGCCCUGACGAUGCUGCCUACUAUCAUCGCCGACAACGCGGGCUACGACAGCGCAGAGCUCGUGUCCAAGCUGAGAGCCGAACACAAGGCAGGCAACAUCGCAGCUGGACUGAACAUGUACGAGGGCUGCAUUGGCGAUGUGCAGGCGCUCGGCGUUACUGAGUCGUACCAGGUGAAGCGGCAGAUGGUGAUCAGUGCGUCGGAGGCUGCGGAGAUGGUGCUGCGCGUCGACAACGUGAUCCGCGCGGCGCCGCGGCAACGCAACCCCGACAACUGCGACUAGCACCCACGUCCUUCCUCGUUGUCGUCGCUUCCGCGGCAACGCCGGAGCUACCGCACGCCUGCCGUGGGGAGAGCGUUCGGGGUGACCGUGUAGUUAGUGCCCGCGCCUCUUUUUCUCUCACGAGUCGCUCACCUGAGCACGUGGGCAGUAGAAGCGGCGCGUGACCUAUGUACACAGGCGCGACGGUGGUGUGUACGUUUCGCUUGGGGGCGCGUGGCAGAGGCGGGAGUGUUUCGCUAACGCUCGUGCCGCGUGGUUGUCUCUUAUGUCUCCGGCAAGGCGCGGAGAGGAACGUUUACGCUACGGCGGUCGCACGUCGCCACGGCGCAGAGUAGCUGGGCCAUAGCUUCGGAAACAAACACCCGUUUUGCAACAGUUCACGUUGAUCGUUGUCGUGUUUCUUUCUCUCUCGCUGUCUCUCUUUCUCUCGUGCACACAUGUUGUCGUUGCAGGAGUAGAUUCAUACCAGGGCUGCAUUUAUGUGUUUGGUCGGAUGACGGCGACGGUGUAUUCGUCGUCGAGAUGUUGCAUGCACGCGUUAUGUAGUAUGUGUGAAAAAAAGGAAAGUGCAGUGCUGCGAGUACGAAGAAUGGGAGUGCUAAAAGCGAAAUAAAAAAAAAUUAGGGGGGGGAGGAACGCGGUGUGGAUAUCUUCCUGCUUCAUUAUAUGCGCGAGUGUAACUAUUUUAAGUUUUGCGUGUCCUUUUCCGGACGCGAUAGCGUUUGUGUGUCCCCGCCGGUUUCCAUGUAAAGAGCGCCAUGUACAACCCAUGUAUUAUCACCAGCUUGUUGUAUGCCUUCUUAUUAGUAACUGAUAAAUAAAACACAUUUUGGCAGAUGAAA